UGAUCAGUUUUAUAAAAGGGUGGUCUCUCUCUCCAUUCAGCCUGCGCUUUGCUGGACAUACAGUGAACCAGAAGUUCACCAUGAUGAAGGCAGCCCUGGGUAUCUGGAUCCUAUCGGCAGUGAUCUGCGUAGGAAGAGGUCAUCACCAUGCCGGUCAUGCCAGCGUCGAAGAUCAUGCAGGCCAAGAAACUGCAGCUGACAGCAGCCACAACAGCGUCUCAUUGGUGACUGCAGCAAACAAAGAGUUUGCCUUCCGUCUGUACAGGAAGUUAGCAGCUCAUGCCGACUCACAAGGCAAGAACAUCUUCUUCUCCCCUGUUAGUGUGUCUGUUGCCUUGGCUGCUUUGUCCGUAGGAGCACGAGAGGAGACCCACCGGCAGCUUUUCAGUGGUCUGGGUUUCAACAACACCCUGCUGACCCAGUCAGAUGUAGAUCAGGUGUUUAAGAUCCUCCUCCAAAGGGAAAGCAAGGCAUCUAAUGAAGACCUCAGUGAGGGGACGGCUGUAUUUGUGGACAACCGCUUCAAGCCACGACCUGAGUUCCUGGAGACCUUGAAGCAGUCCUACUUUGCAGAGGGGUUCAAUGUUGACUUCACCAAAACCACAGACAGUGCCAAUACCAUCAAUAAGUACGUGGAGGAGAAGACCAAUGGAAAGAUAGACAAGCUGGUCGACAACCUGGAUCCAAGCACAGUCAUGUAUCUCAUCAGCUACAUCUACUACAAAGGAAAGUGGGCAACUCCAUUUGACCCAAAGCUCACUAAGGAGGACAUGUUCAGGGUGGAUGGCAACACAAAGGUUCCAGUCCAGAUGAUGAAUAUGGAGGAGCGUGUUGAUACGUAUUAUGAUCAGGCAAUUAACACAACGGUCCUCCACCUGCCCUUCAACAACUCCUACUCCAUGCUGCUGAUGUUGCCCGAUGAUAUGGCAACACUGGAGAACACCAUCUGCCCAGGUCAUGUCACCAGAUGGUUGAAGUCUUUGCUGUCCAGAAAACGUGACGUAUAUCUUCCAAAGUUCUCCAUCAAGACUUCCUACACCCUGGACAGUGUGUUGACUGAAAUGGGAAUGACAGACAUGUUUGGUGAUCGUGCAGAUUUGAGUGGCAUUGCAGAGGGGCAAAAACUGACAGUCUCAGAGGUUGUGCACCAAGCUGCCCUGGAUGUCGAUGAAGCCGGAGCCACCGCUGCAGCUGCUACAGGGAUCGGCAUCAUGCUUACGUCCGUAAUGCAUAUCCCUAUCAUGAGGUUCGAUCGUCCCUUUAUGGUUGUCGUCACUGAACGCAGCACAGAAAACAUCCUCUUUAUGGGAAAGAUUGUCAACCCAAACAUCUGAUGUAACAAACACUUUUUGCAGAAGUACAGCUUGCAUCACCUAUAAAACACUCAGAAAACA